CUUAUCCGAUGAUGAUUUCAUUUCGUAGCCUCGUUCAAUGAAUAUUGAUUAUUAAUCAAAAAGCAAAUUGACGUUGCAGUCCCAUCUAACACCGGAAGACGGUGGAACCGGUGGAAUUAAUUCUGUAUGGGCGGCAGCACCUGCUGGGUGAAAAUUAGUAAAAGAGGGAUGGUAGACGCGGAAGUAGAAGAAAAAGGACGUAGAAGACGUAAAAGAAGGACGCAUUCACUCAUUCACUGGAGCUGUAGGCUGUAGCUGUAGUGCCAUAGCUUUCCCUCUCACUCAGGUCUACUUGGUGCUACUUGUUCUUAGGUUCGCACUCCAGGGUCCAGUUAGAUAGGUUAGGUAUAGAGCUCAAUUAGGUCGAGCUCAAUGGUGCACGCAGUGGCACGCAGUUAUAGGUAUACAAUACAACUGCAUUUAUAUAAACAUUUCUGACGAAGAUUCGUUCAUCAAUUAUGAGUUUUUCUAUAUGCGAAUCGGAUGUUAUUUUAUGCAAUAAUGAACAAAUUAUAAUAUACAAUAUCGACAAUGAAAGGGAAAAAAUAAUUAAUUUGCCCGAACUGGAAAGUGACAAGAAAGUUGAUUUGCACAAUAAUAUAAACAUUGAGACUUUUCAUACGAUCACGAAUGUGACGUUUUCGAACGACGGUAGAUAUUUCUUGAUAUGCACAAAUCGUAAACAGUUAUGUCUGUACGAACGAAAGAAUCAGAAUCUGUUACUAAAUAAAACACUGCCUCGAGCGGCUAGCAAAGUGAAAUUCACGUCAAACAAUGACAUUGUUGUGGCAGACAAAACGGGAGACGUUUAUAUUUUUUCUGGAAAACAGUCGGAUAACGGAUCCCUACUCUUAGGACAUUUGUCUAUGAUACUGGACGUGUUAGUUACGAAAGAUCAAGAAUACAUUAUUACAACGGACAGAGAUGAGAAAAUCAGAGUAUCCAUGUUCCCAAAUUCGUAUAACAUCGUGUCUUAUUGCUUAGGACAUAAAAAAUUCGUAACCAAUGUUGUCGAACUACCUCACGACAAAAGUGUGCUGAUGUCUUGUGGAGGAGAUGGUGUGUUCAUACUAUGGGAUUACAGGGUUGGUAAAGAAUUAUUAUGCAUUGAUUUUCAUGAUAAAAUACCCACGAAUGAUAUCGAGAGGUUCAACGAACAACUUCGUGACUGCAACUUAGACGAAUCUGUCCAAGAGCUGCCUGUGAAGUACUUAAGGCUCUCGUUGUUCGACGCAUCUUCGUCUUUAGCUGUAAUAAGCUUUUAUAAUAGUUCUUUAUUAUUAGUAUACAAAAUUAGUAGUAUGUCCAAUUUGAAUGUAUUGGCAGCAUACGUACAAUCCAUAAUUAUGGAGUAUGAACCAAUAGAAUAUCAUCUUUACAAAAAUAAUAUGUGGUUAUUAAAUGAUCUCGGAUUUAAAGUGUACGAAUUUAAAGACGAUAGAUUUGUGUUAUGCGACGAAACAAAUAAAAUACGUAAAUUAAACGAUUACUGGAAGAUACUGAAAAAAGAUAUUACUCAACAAAAUUUAUUUUCAAUUUUGUACAAGAGGAAAUACGACAAUGUUCAAGAAUAUCUGCAACGUAAAAAAACCCGUCUUACGAGCAUAGUCGAUGGAUGAGGAGAGAAUAUUGAUUAGAAACGAAUUUUUCUUUUUAAUAGAAGUUUCAUGUGUGUUUUUUUGUUAUAAAAUACAAAUAGCAUUACAGUACAAUACAUUGGUUUUAUUAACCCAUACACUGUUUAGCGAAUGAACUGAAUUUAAAAUUCGAUAUAAUCAAUGUACGCAUGUUAAUUAAACGGGCUUGUAAUCUAACUUGGAUUCAAGUUUCUUAUUA